UUUGUAUAUAAAAGGUUCAAUCUAACGAUGAGCAGAAUACAUCCAAUUCCCGUGACACUGACAUCAAACGCAAAUGAUGAAGACUUUUAUCCUACUUCUCGCAUUCGGCUUUGCAGUCUGCUCACAGAGAAUAUCCCAACCUGGAAAGGAACUUAUCAAAGAGAUAUUUUCGCAUUCGAGUGAAGUACAAAAUGUAGAUGGGAUAACAAGUAAAAUAGUCGGAGGAAGUAAUGCUGACAUUAGUGAUUACCCCUGGCAGGUGUCCCUACAGUUGAGAAGUAGUGGAAGUUGGUAUCAUAUUUGUGGUGGUUCUAUCAUUAACAACAACUGGGUUGUAACAGCCGCUCACUGUGUAGAUGGAAGUUCAACGAAUAAUCUACGAAUUGCCGCUGGGAUGACACUGUUGUCAGAUACUUCAAGAACAGUAAGAACCUUAAAUCGAGUUAUUAUGCAUCCAAGCUAUAGUGGAAGUGCUGCCGGAUAUCCAAAUGACAUUGCUCUGUUAGAGUUAUCACAGUCUUUGUCAUUUGGUGCAAACAUAGAUGCUAUAGCUGUUCCUUCAACUCAAGAUUUCACUGGAUCGAGAUGUUUCCUAUCAGGAUGGGGUCGAUUAACCGGAAGUGGAAGCAGCCCAAAUAAUUUACAAGAUGUUGAGAUGACUGUUAUCAGCAAUUCGGAAUGUUCAACAAGAUGGUCAUCUGUCAGUGGUGCUUCUAUUAACAGUGGACACAUUUGUAUACUCGAAUCUGGUAAAUCCGCCUGCAGUGGUGAUAGCGGUGGUCCAAUGACAUGCUACUCUGGAAAUACUCCAUAUCUCGCUGGAGCUACUUCUUGGGGAAUUAGCACAUGCUCUGGAAGCUUUCCCAGCGUCUACGCCAGACUGACAUCGUUCAGGUCAUGGAUCAGUACCUACGUCAGCAUUUAAUGCCAACAGACAAAUGAUUUUUUGAACUAAAUGCUUUGAUGAAUAAAUACCGCAAUGAAAUGUACUUUAUUUAUCAUAUAUCUUUAACCUUAAAGAUCAAAGUAAAGUACGAUGUUGAAGAGCAUUAUGGAAGCAAACCUUUAUUUCAACAAUAAAGGCCUCGUUGCCAUCAGCUUCACUACUUCUCUUCAUCAUAAACCAAUUUACUUGAGUAAAAAAGUCCUUUUUAAAGAUCA